CCCCGCUCCUCCCCGUGCCCGGGGCCGCCGGCGGGGCCGGGCUCGACCAUUUCUGCGGGCGCGGGGACGAGGGGCCGAGCCCCGGGCAGCGGCUUCGCCGAGCUUCAGCACCGCGGGCCGGACAGCGCCCGCCGGGCCGGGCGGCUCCCGCGGGCGGCGGUGCGCGGCGGGCCCCGGCGGGGCUGCGCGCUCCCACCAUGUUCCUCGGGCUGGCGGUCGCGCUGCAGGUGCUGGCGCUGCUGGCGGGCCGGGGGCACGGCUUCCCCAAACCCGCGGGCACAGAUAAAGCUAUACACAACAGACAAUUAAGUGUAGAAAGACCUUUGGAGGAACAGAUUGCUGAAGCUGAGGCAGACAAGAAUAGGAAAAUAGCUCCCACAGAAAAUAAGCCAGAGUUCAGGAAUUAUUCCUUUGUUGAUGACCUGAACCUGCUGAAAUCAGUAGCAGAAAGAGAAAGGAAUGAGAAGGAGAGGGAGUCAAUCAGAAGCUCUUUGUAUGAACAGCAACUGGCCAUUGAUGAUGCAGACUCCACCAAGAACCGCAGGCUUGUGGAUGACUAUGACUCCACUAAAAGCGGGCUGGAUUAUAAAUUCCAAGACGAUCCAGAUGGCCUCCAUCAAUUGGAUGGCACUCCUUUAACUGCUGAAGACAUUGUUCAAAAAAUUGCUGCAAGAAUUUAUGAGGAAAAUGACAGAGGAGUGUUUGACAAGAUUGUUUCAAAACUUCUAAAUCUGGGGCUAAUCACAGAGAGUCAAGCCUAUACCCUGGAAGAUGAAGUGGCAGAGGUUUUACAACAGCUAAUUGCAAAUGAAGCAAAGAAUCGUGAGAAGGAGUCUGAAGAUUUUGAUUACCCUGCCAGCAGAACAGACAGUGAUACAAAAGAAAAGCAGCAGGAAAGAAUGGCACCAAGCAAGUCUGAUCAGGAUAGUUUCAUUAAUGGAGAAGUUGAUGAUACACUGGAUAACACGUGGUCAUCAUCUAAUGUGUUGGAAAGAAGAAAUGAGCUGCCUUCUGAAGAUAAUUUUGAAGACCUCCAAUAUUUUCCAAAUUUUUAUGCAUUAUUAAAAAGUCUUAACUCAGAGACAGAGACAAAAGAGAAAGAGACCUUGAUAACUAUCAUGAAAACCCUGAUUGAUUUUGUGAAGAUGAUGGUUAAAUAUGGAACAAUCACACCAGAAGAAGGAGUUUCCUAUCUUGAAAACCUAGACACAAUGAUAGCUGAGCAGACAAAGAAGAAGCUUGAGAACCCUUCCACUAAAACCAGGACAAAACCAACAGCAGACAAGAGUAGUGAAGAAGCAGACAGUACAAAGGAAGAAGCAGCUAAAAUGGAAAAGGAAUAUGAAGUUUCAAAAGAUUCUACAAAAAAUGAAGGACAAAAUGGAGCAGGAAACAGUGAAGAAUCUGGAGGGAAAUCUGAAGCAUAUUUGGAAGCAAUCAGGAAGAACAUAGAAUGGCUGAAAAAACACAAUAAACAAGGUAACAAAGAAGACUAUGAUCUUUCAAAGCUGAGAGAUUUCAUUGAUCAGCAAGCUGAUGCUUAUGUGGACAAGGGCAUCCUGGACAAGGAAGAGGCUGAUGUAAUUAAGCGCAUCUAUGGCAGCCUGUAAAGAGUUAGUGACUGCCAAACCUGUAGAAAUCUAGUUUAGUUCCCCCACUCCUGGCUCAAUGACUUAUGAUCUGUUAAUUUGAGGAUAUCAUUAGAAAUGCUCUGUUUACAUUGUACUGACAACUCUAGAGAGAAAUGGAGAGCUGUAGUGCUCCGUUCACUUUCUGCAUACUGUAUUUUCCUACAUUCACAAAUCAACCCUAAACACCAAAUUCUGACACUGAAUUUCUAUUUGAUAAGGUAAAUAUUUCUGUAAUGCUCUCUUUGAUUUAUUGUUUGUGUUUGGUUUACUUUUGUAGCUAAACCAAUAAUUUCUGAUGGAAAUUUCUUUUAAUGGUACAUUUUUUUGCUUUCACUCAACAAGCUUUCUAUAGAUGCAACUAUGUAAAGGGCAUUAUUGGAAAAUAGUUCAUAGUUCUCUAAAUAAAAUAUUUGAAAAUAAUUUACCUAUUAAAGUUUUCAUUAAUCUUAAUGUUAUUUUAUAUUCAUUUAUUUUGGUUUUAAAUACUAACGCCUUUUUUUUUUGAUCCUUUUUUUAUUUCUUUAUGUAGUAUUCUGUAACUUGGACUGUAGUGUCCUGAGCUAACUGAUAAAUCUUAGACAAUUGCCUUCCAUAUUACAGAGCUGUAUUCUCUUCUGAGCAUGUGUGAACAUUCUCUUUGCACCAUUUAAUGAUUGUGCAUGCAUAAUUAGUUGAAUUCCUGAUGUUAAUAUCCUGAUAGCAAGUGUAAAUAGCCAUUGCUUUCUCUAAAGAAAAAAAAAGAAAGCAAUUCAAGUGAUUUUGUAUGGAAAGGGAGGUUUGCAAUUAGAGAUGUUUUUAGGAACAUGGGCCCUGCUUUUCAGACAGACUUAAAUAAUCUGUUGUAUCUCAGUACCUCUGAAUAUCAAAGCUGUGGUCUGAUUCCUGACCCCUGUUCUGUGCUCAGCAGUAUUAUCUUGGAGACCUUUUUUAUUUUGGCCUAUGUAUGCUAGCAUUAGCCAAGAAUUGGGUACUUCCCAAAGAAUCAAAAAGAAAAACAAAGAUGUCCUCCUCAUUCUUCUUCCUCAACUAACAAAGUUCUGGAAGAAUGGUUUAUGAGGUCUUUUAUCUGUAAGUGAAUGGAUAACUUUAUGUAUGAAGAGCUGAUGAAGUAAGAUCAAAGCCUAAAGGAGCAUUUAGAAAGGUAAAUUUCAAACAGAGUUCCAGAAGAUGCAGGGCCUUUGACCCAUCACCUGCAGCAGUCAGUUGAGUAGAGGAACUCCAGGAAAGCCCUGUACUCUUUACUUACAGUUUCUUCAUUCAUAAUUGAGGUUAUCUCUUCUCUGAUUUUUUUUAAACUUGUGAUAUCUCCAAGACUGAUACAGUUAAAGAAUGGUAUCUGAUGCAGAGGCUGGAAUUUGCCUGCCAGUGAAUGGAGGUACUGACUUAGAGCACUGCCUGCACAGCACAAAGUUCUGUGUUAAGUCACUCCUUGGGUCAUUUCCUUCCUCACACCUGGAGAUUAAAGAGGAGGAGAUUUGAGCAAUGUCUCUCAGCCAACUGAAGUAAACUCCAGAAUCCCUGCAAAACAUAAUUUGUCAACUGAGCAUUAUUGAUAACCAGUAUUAAGUGAAUGUGAUAGCACUGACGUGUAACAGAGUAACUCCUUGCAAACUGAUGAAACAUAAGCCAGUGAAUGGUUUCUAGCAUCCACAAAAUACAAAUCACUGCCUGCUCAUGCACAU